AUGAAUAGAGAACCACCAAGAACGGCUUCCCAAAUGGAAAUGAAAAAGAAGGGUCGUAUGCCCCACGUGGAGCAUUCGGGACCGCAGCGGCGGCGCUCGAGCCUGACGGGCACCGCGUCCUCCCUACGUAACAGCCUCAUGGGCAAGGCGCCCGAGGAGGAGCUCAAUAUGAUGAAGGAGGAGACGCACACCGCCGUGCACUUCCUCAGCCCCAAACAGCUGGAGGUGGUGUACCGCACCAGCAUCGAGAACGGCCUUACCGACAGCUUCGCCGCCGAGCUGCUCGCGCGCGACGGACCCAACCAGCUCCGCGAACUCAAGAGCAACGGCUACUGGAAACUCUUCUGCCACAACCUCUUUGGCUGGUUCCAAUGCGUCCUCUGGGUUGGAGCCGUCCUCAACUUCAUUGCCUUUUUUUGUACCAAAUCAGACGAUGAAGGAACUGGACAUUCCAACAAAGAUUAUUUAUACUUGGGCUGUGUCAUCACAGCUACUAUCGUAGGAACCGGAUUAUUUGGCUUUUAUCAAGAGGCGAAGAACUUAUCCGUCAUGAGUGGAUUUGAGAAAUUAGUGCCUCCAAAUGCCGUUGUAAUUCGCGAGGGUGUCAAAAAAGUAAUACCAAAUAGUGAAGUCGUGGUAGGCGAUAUAGUUGAAAUGAACGGAGGGGAGGUAGUGCCAGCAGACGUCCGUAUCUUAGAUUGUACCAAUUUUAAAACUGACAUGGCGUCGUUGACUGGAGAGUCUCAACCUAUUUCCCACAGAGCGCAUUACACACAUGCUAAUCCGCUAGAGUCGAAGAACAUGGCGUACUUCAGUUGCCCGAUCACAGAGGGCUGGGCGCGUGGGCUGGUUGUGGACACGGGGGAGUUCACACAGAUCGGUAAGAUCGCCGGCCUAGUCACUGGGCUCGAGAAAGAAAAGACUCCUAUUGCUAAAGAAAUCACGCAUUUCAUUAAGCUUAUCUGUGGUGUCGCAUUCUUUUUCGGAUUUGUAUUCUUUGUAAUGGUUUAUUUAAUUCAGAAGAGCUGGGUAAAGGCUUUACAAUAUAUGCUCGGAAUAAUUUUAGCCAAUGUGCCCGAAGGGUUACUCGUGACUUUAACCGUUUGCAUGACGUUAUCAGCAAAGAAUCUUAAAAAGAAGAACUGUUUGGCGAAAACUCUGCAGGCUGUAGAGACUUUGGGUUCUACUUCGUGUAUUUGCUCAGACAAAACUGGAACAUUAACGUUGAACCGAAUGUCAGUUUCUCAUUUAUUUUCUGACUUUAAAAUUUAUGAUAAAAGUGACCACAGUCACGUUUCUGAUCCCGUGUAUACAGCAUUGUGUGUGGCCGCUUGUCUCAACCUGAAAGCGGAAUUCACUGCCGAUACCUUAAAUUUGCCAAUAAACAAAAGAAAAGUUUUAGGAGAUGCGUCCGAGGCUGCAAUACUUCGUUAUAUGGAAGAAAAUCGGUCUGCGACUGAGCUCCGACAAGCAAAUCCUAAAGUAACCCAGAUACCUUUUAAUUCCGCAAACAAAUAUCAAGUGACAAUUCAUAACAUGAGUGAUACAAACAGUUACUAUUUAAUAAUGAAGGGAGCACCUGAAAUUGUUGUUGAAUAUUGCAGUAAAGUGUUAAUAACUGGUGGUAACAUAGACCUCACUCCACAGAUAAAAAAAGAGCUCAAAGAAAAUUUUAUCAAAUUAGCCAAUAUGGGAGAACGAGUGCUUGGUUAUGGUGAUUAUAAAUUACCAUUAAGCGAAUACCCAAUAGGCUAUCCAUUUAAUCCUCAAGAACGAAACUUUCCUCUAGAAGGAUUGCAAUUUAUCGGUACCAUAUCCAUGAUUGACCCACCACGACCAGAAGUCAAGGACGCUAUAGCUCUUUGUCGGCAAGCUGGAAUUAAAGUAACCAUGGUUACUGGGGAUCAUCCUGUGACAGCUUUAGCUAUAUCGCGCGAAAUAGGAACUAUUUCAAACGCCACCGCUUACGACUACGCAUUCGAACAUCACAUCGACAUAAAUGACGUACCAGCACACAUAAAAAGCCAAUUUUUAGCAGCAGUGAUUACCGGUGAAGAUCUCCGUAAGAUGACCGCAACAACCCUGAAGCAGGCGAUUCAGAAAUACACAGAAAUCACUUUCGCUAGAACUAGCCCCCAACAAAAACUGUUUAUUGUGGAAAACUAUCAGGCGUUGCAAUAUGUGGUCGCUGUCACUGGAGACGGCGUCAACGAUUCACCGGCUUUAAAGAAAGCUGACAUAGGGGUUGCCAUGGGUAUAAAUGGAACUGAAGUAUCUAAGCAAGCUGCAGACAUGAUUCUGUUAGAUGACAAUUUUGCUUCUAUAGUCCUUGGCGUGCAAGAGGGUAGGAGAAUUUUUGAUAACCUGAAAAAGGUGAUUGCGUACACUCUGACAUCUAACACACCAGAAAUGUUGCCUUUUGUAUUGUACGCUUGUCUCGGUAUGCCGUUGCCGCUCACCCUGUUGUUGAUAUUGGUGAUAAAUGUAGGGACCGACUUAUUGCCGGCCAUGAGUCUAGCAUACGAGGCAUCCGAGGAGGACAUCAUGAGCAUACCACCACGUAAGCUCACUGACCAUCUCGUUAAUAGGGUGAUGAUAUUUAUGGCUUAUUUCCAAGUUGGUAUGAUCCAAUUCUUCGCAGGGAUGUUUUCUUACUUUGUCGUAUUCGCUGAUGAAGGUUUCUUCCCUUCUAGUUUAUUUUUCAUUCGGUCCGCAUGGGAAACGCCGACUAAGUCCGUAAUGGAUUCUUUCGGGCGACAUUGGUUUUUUCAGGAUAGGAAAAGAGUAGAGCGGAAGGCACAAACGGCGUAUUUCGUGUCUGUUUGUUGGACUCAGAUAUCGGACGUGAUAAUUUGUAAGACUCGGAGAAUAUCGCUUUUGAAGAAGGGCAUGCAUAACCACGUGUUGAAUGUGAGUAUAGUGGUGGACCUGAUCGCGGCGGUGGCGGUCACCUAUCUGCCAUUUUGCAACGAGAUUUUCAGCACGGAGCCGCUUAACUGGUACGACUUCCUCCUGUCCGUGCCCUACAUGAUACUUAUGAUACUAGGUGACGAAAUACGUCGAUAUGUCAUCAGAAAUAACUUGUCCAAAUGGGUCGAAAGUGAAACUUAUUACUAG